AUGGACGGCAGCCAUGGAUUGCACAACGAAAACUUAUACGAUGAUGAUGGAAUCAUUCAGCGACAUGCGCAAGGUGAUGAUUAUGAGUCAUAUCGCGUGCUUGCGGAUGGUGCGGCUGGCCAUAGUGUGAUAGAUGAUCCAUAUGAAUUCAUCUACCAGAACCUGCCACAAAGACAUACAUUGAGAAAUGUCCCUGACUGCCAUUACUGUGGUGCGAUGAGGUUUCAGUAUGAGCCACCCGGGUUUUGUUGUAGAAAAGGAAAAGUACAAAUACAUAUACCAGAGGUUCCGGUAGAGCUGAAAAGGAGAAAUGGUACUUUCCCAAAUUUGGAUGACUACCGGAUUGAACUCAAUACAAAUGUCACGCCUGACCAGAGAUGGUACAAUGCCCCAACGGCAGCCCAAGUUGCUGCUAUCUGGAUGGAGGGGAACGAUCCACAGAGAUGUUUUGAUAGGAGUGUGGUUGUAUAUGGAAGGACGGAUUGUCGUCCGCAAUAUAUCCGAGCAUACCAUGGUUGUUAUGACCCAUUAGCUUAUCCUCUAUACAACCCACGAGGGGAAACAGGAUGGAACAAGUUUAUGCCGUACAGUGCUGAUCCAGUCACUCAACCAUCUGUAACCCCGGCUUCUACUAAUGUUAAUUACAGGGAUGAGGGCACUACUGGUGCUUAUCAAGAAUAA